UUGUUAUUUACUUAAAACCUAAAUUUAUCACAGCCAGCAAUUUUUAUGUUAGAAAGGCAAGCCUCGGUUUAACAAAUAAAAAUGUUUCUUCAAUCAUGUAUACCUUUUGGCUUUAACUCACCAAAACUAGUUAAGUGCUUCUUUUUAUCAUGUCAAUGGCAGUAAAAGUAUAUGAAAUUCAACUGCUUACCUUUUCUUUUUAUAAAUCAUAUGCUUAAUUUUCUUUUUCCUUUUGGUACUUUAACUUACUUGAUACUUCCCUGCCAGAUUCUAAUGCAUACCAUAUACUUACUAUAUAGUUAUAUUAAUAAUUACCUAAAUGAAGCUUGAUUUGAAAUCAGCUGAUAAAGCUUGGGUUGGAAAUAAAGUUUGAUUGAAUAUGAGCUUGACUAGAAAUCAAACUUUUUUUUUUGCUUUUUGAUGACUUAUUGAUGUUCAUGGCAUCAAAACCUAUUACGGGCCAUACUAUUUUCUGGACAGUUUGCCAGCUGGCAUUGUAUGAUGGCGCUAGCAGAGCUUGUUAUAUAUCAAUGCCAGAUUCAAAUAACUAAACAUUUAUCAUUUAAUUUUUCUAUGAGUAUUGAGUGCCAUUUUACAUGUUCAUGUCCAUCUCCUACAGUGUUUAUAUCAAUAAAUAACAUAGCUAUUGUACAUCACCAGCUGGCCAGCCAGCUGAGUUUAUCCAGUUGCUAGUAGGUAAGGCCCCAUAUUACUGGCUUUGAGUAUUGGCAUCAUUUGUAGUAUUUUUUUUUCUAUUUUGAAUCCUAGUGGUUAAUUAUAUAAAGGAGGGUUUAGAUAUGUCUGCUGCUAGUUAGUAUAUUACUGGGUUUGCUACCUAGCAAAGAUGAGAACAACUUUGUGACCAUACCAUGUGUGAAGUACUCAAGUCAGAUCACAUCCUGUCUCUGUCAUGUACCCACCAAUGAACCUGGCAGGGACUACAUUGUCUGACACACUCUGAGCUUCAACAGCAGCUCCCACAUGGCCGACACAGGGGUGGCACGGCUGGACGCCAAGGUGCGUCAGGGCCAGGAGAUCCUGGCCCAGCUGAAGCCUCUAAGACACAUUGAAGGCUGUGACAAGCUGGCGCGCAAGGUCAGUGCUGAGCUGAAGUUUCUGCAGAAGCUGCAGCGGAAGCCGCACAUGCUGAAGGAGGACCACCUGCGCAGCAGCAACAUGGAGAGCCUGCAGGCGAUCGCCGACACGCUGUCGGCCGCCGAGGGCGCCGUGGCGGUGCUGGCCGCGUUCACCUGCCCGGAGACGGGCGAGCGUGUUGUGGUGGACGUGGUGGCCGCCGGCGGCGCCGAGUGGAUCAAGGUGAUCUCUCGGAACCCGGCGGCGCUGCAGCGCGUGUCGCUGGGCCAGGGAGAGUUCGGCCAGCGCUCCACUCAGGAGCAGGCCGAGCGCUACCUGGCCGCCGCCGACGGGAACCGACACUACUUCCGACCGCCGACGGUCCGGUUCGUGUUCUCGGCGGGCGUCGGCCGCCGGCUGGCGGAGCGGCUCAGGGCCCGCGGCGUCACCGUCACCGGUCAGUGCAUCGACGAUGAUCAGCUGGGAGUAGCCGCCGACUCCGACUCUGACUCUGGCUCCGACUCAAGCGGAGAUGAACUGGAGGAAGAGCGGGAGGAGAUGGCUCCUCUGGAUCAGGAGGAGGGGGAUAACUCCGGUGAAAGAGUGUCCGCCACGCUUGGCUCCCUGUCACCCGACUCCGGUCUGAACUUGGACGUGACGGCGAUGCUGGCGUACGUCUCAAACCUCACCAACGGCCACUGUCACGCCUCCUUCUCCGAGCCGGUGCUGUCUCAGCAGGCCGCCUGGGAGCGCGAGACGCCCGUGAAGCCCGCCCUGGACCGCCUGUUCGCCGGACGGCAGCUCGUAUGCUGCCGUUCCGCCGAGCGGGCGUUCGUCUCCAUCGUGAACACGGUGGGCGGGCCGAGCGAGCAGGCGCGCGCGCGUCUCCUGCUGCAGCGACUGCAGGUGGUGGAGGACCGCACGGCACCCGCCACCGCGCUGCUCGCGGCGCGCGGAAAGGUGCGCGGUCGCUCGGCGGCUGUAUUCGGCACCGGUGAGGCGCUGCGCAUCCCCACCGUGACGGCUAACACGGGCUUUGUGCGCGCCGCCGCCGGACAGGGUGUGAAGUUAACGGCUCUCACCCACGGCUCCCGAGCGCUUACCGAGGCCAAGGAGCACCCACCUGCCGAGGGCGGGCCGGCAGCGGCAGCAGCGGCCGGAGGCACACAGCCGGUGGAAGAUGAAGGAAGCUCCAGCAGCGACACCAGCCCGCCGAGCUCCGACGUAGACGAAUCGGUUCCCGGAUCACCGGACGCAGUGGCGCCGCUGUCGCAGCCGAGCCCGCUGCCCGUGUUCUAACUGUGACGAAGACCGCCAGCCCUAUUGGCAGUCUUCUGCUGCGUGUCAGUGUGUGUGGAAUUGAACAGAGUGAAUGUCCGACGUCUUUAUUUUCAGAUUGAGCCAAAGCUGUUGCUUAUGUUAAUCAUGGAUGAUGAUUCUGAUGAGUAUGAAUUUGCGAAGUGCAACAUAGCGCUUCUAAAAGAGACGAUUCGUGAAUUGCGCGCGAGUGACACACCGAACGCUAAUUGGCCC